CAGCCGGGAAGGUGGCACACGCUUCAGCCAACGAGGCCGCACCGCCUCGGAGUAGGGGCAGACAGUCCGGGGCCCGGGCCGGCCAGGCGAGCGCGCAGCUCCGAGCAGGGCGGAGGGCGGCGCGAGGGAGGGAGCGAGGGAAGGGAAAGGCGAGCGCGAGCUGCCUCAAAUGCCUGGAAUAAUUCCGCUUCCGUUUGGAAAGCCGCAGCCUCAGUCCCGCCGCGUCCGCCCAGCCCCAGCCCCAGCUCCAGCUCCGCGUCCAGCUCGGCCCGCGGCCUCCGGCUCCGGCGCCAUGGCCACCUCCCCGCAGAAGUCGCCUUCGGUCCCCAAGUCUCCCACCCCCAAGUCGCCCCCGUCCCGCAAGAAAGAUGACUCUUUCUUGGGGAAACUCGGGGGAACCCUGGCCCGGAGGAAGAAAGCCAAGGAAGUCUCAGAGCUUCAGGAGGAGGGCAUGAAUGCCAUCAACCUGCCCCUCAGCCCCAUCCCCUUCGAGCUGGACCCUGAGGACACCAUGCUGGAGGAGAAUGAAGUGCGGACGAUGGUAGAUCCAAACUCACGCAGCGACCCCAAACUCCAAGAACUGAUGAAGGUAUUAAUUGACUGGAUCAAUGAUGUGCUGGUUGGAGAGAGAAUCAUUGUGAAAGACCUGGCUGAAGAUUUAUACGAUGGACAAGUCCUGCAGAAGCUCUUCGAGAAACUUGAGAGCGAGAAGCUAAAUGUCGCUGAGGUCACCCAGUCAGAGAUUGCUCAGAAGCAAAAACUGCAGACUGUCCUGGAGAAAAUCAAUGAAACCCUGAAACUUCCUCCCAGGAGCAUCAAGUGGAAUGUGGACUCUGUUCACGCCAAAAGCCUGGUGGCCAUCUUGCAUCUGCUGGUAGCUCUGUCUCAGUAUUUCCGGGCACCAAUCCGACUCCCAGACCAUGUUUCCAUCCAAGUGGUUGUGGUCCAGAAACGAGAAGGAAUCCUCCAGUCUCGGCAAAUCCAAGAGGAAAUAACUGGUAACACAGAGGCUCUUUCCGGAAGGCAUGAACGCGAUGCCUUCGACACCUUGUUUGACCACGCACCAGACAAACUCAACGUAGUAAAAAAGACGCUCAUCACAUUUGUGAACAAGCACCUGAAUAAACUGAACCUGGAGGUCACGGAACUGGAAACCCAGUUUGCAGAUGGCGUGUACCUGGUGCUGCUCAUGGGGCUCCUGGAGGGCUACUUCGUGCCGCUGCACAGCUUCUUCCUGACUCCAGACAGCUUUGAGCAGAAGGUCUUGAACAUCACCUUUGCCUUUGAGCUCAUGCAAGAUGGAGGGUUGGAAAAGCCAAAACCACGGCCAGAAGAUAUUGUCAACUGCGACCUGAAGUCCACACUGCGAGUGCUGUACAACCUCUUCACCAAGUACCGGAACGUGGAGUGAGGAGGCUCUGGGCUCCCGCGGCCUGGGGCCUCUUGCUGCAGGCAGACUGGACCAGCCCCGGAAUUGUCUUUCCCUGCUUGUUCCUGCGCUGUGCUCUCCCACAAGCCCCUUGUUUGCAACCCAGAGAUAGUGGGAAUUGGAAUUGAAACCAGGAAGGAAGUGACCAAUCAGUCUGUGGGCUGACUCCACCUCCCAGACCCCAGGAACUGACCCAGCUAUGACCCAAGAAAGCUGUCCCUAUCCAGGUGCCAGGCCCACAUUUCCCUCCGUGUGCUCUGGGAAUAAGCUCAGACACAACUGAGUCCCGGAAGAUGAAAAUAAAGACCAUAGUUGCCAUUAAGGGGCAUAAACUAUGCCAGGCACCACACUUAAGUGCCCCGCUGGAUUCAGAUUCAUUAACCCUCACGACUCCUUGGAAGUUGAUGUUAUAAUCCCCUUUGGCAGAUGAGGAAACUGAGGCUCGUGGGUCGAGUGACUUGCCAGGAGGAGUUGGCAUUUGUUUCUCCUCUUUGAACAACACUUCUUAGUAACUGGUUACAGCACACGCUCUGUGCCUGCGCACACCCCGAGUCUUCAAAGAAGACCGGAGCCACUGACCUCACCGUGAGGGCAGGCCAGGUCAGCGCUGGCUGCUUCACACUGAAACUGGCAAAUUGAAUUUAACCCAAUUAAUAGUAUGUGUGUGGCACGAGUCAUGUCCCUCAAAUCCUUUGUACAAAUGAAAAUUACUCUUAAUUCCUUCAGAUUUAUAAUAACCCCAUACCCUGGUUUCAUGGUGACAUUUGGGAAGGAUUCUGUUUAGAAUUAAUGGAGUAGCACAUUUUGCAGCCUUUCUGCUUGAUUGCAUGUAAUGGAAAUGCCCUAUAUUUUCCUGCAAAAUAAGUACUCAAUUCAUUAUCGUUAGGCAAAUGUACAAUAUACUCAGGCACCACAGAGAGCUGGGCACAGGCCCAUAUGAGCAUCGCUUGGGAAGUAGGGCUCUUCAGCAAAGGCCCUUGAACUUUGAAGAAAGGAACUCCUCUCUGCCUUCUAAUUGAUCAUUCAGACCAUUCUGGCUAAAUCUGCCCACAUGCAAUUACCAACUAAUUUAGGGGAGGAAAAAUAUAAGUCAUUUAGACCAAAGCAGAGCAGUUCCCUUGCAUGGGUGACUGACGGGCUUGUGGUUACUUGUAUCUCCUGUAUGUGAACCUGACUUUGAAUUAUAGAGCUCUCCUUAUGCCAGGCUGUGCUGGGACCAGUAGGAAAAGGAAAGGGGAGGAAGGGGGGUAGGGAGGCAGAACCUAGGGGAACAAGCAGCAGACGGGAAGUAUUUGCACACUUAACAUAAAGGGGAAUAGCCUCAGACAAGAGAGUGUGGCUCGUGGUACUUAACACUUGUGCCCUAAAAUUGACCAGGGCCUUGGGAUAAAUAAUCAUGUGUGCUGAUAGUGUAUCUUCAUUACAGAACUUUCAUGAAUACACCAGUUAAAUACAGCCUGUGCAGCCUUCUCCAGAAUUGUGUGACCGCCUUGUCACUAGCCCCUGUCUGGUCUAAGGAGUUUCUACACCAUCGUGAGUCAGGCCUCCAGUUGUCCAAAACAUUCCUUUAGCUUUCUCAUCAUUUACUAUAUUGUCUCUCUGCAGUAACUCAGAACCCAGAGAUUUCAAUACACUAUGUAUUUCUUUGGAUAUUUUGCUCUAAGAAUUGUUACUCAGCAUAAUGAACAUUUAUGAUGCAAAGGGAAUGUCCCGUCUUGUGUCAAUUUAUUUACAAGAAUGUAAUUCUUUCUUACCUAAUUAGUGAAACAUGUCUGUCUUUGGGAAAUACUCAAUAUUAGUGUAAUGUUUCUUGUUGCUCUUUAAAAUGUCUUGUAGCAAAUCAAGAUAAAGAAAAAUUGCUUGGAAAAAAAA